UUCUUUACUUAUCCAUUGUUACCACAGCAGUGUAAGCACCUGUUAAACGCUUACGUGUGAUCCCCAGGUUAAAGUCGCAACCUACUUUUUUCUAGUGUUUUUUGCAUCGAGGAAAACCCGUUGAUCAAUUUGUAAACCUUGCAUCAAGGAUGGUAGUGUCCGAUCUGUGUUUGUCUUGGCCGGUGGUAACGUGCGCUGCAUUCGCGUCGAUUUUAAUCGUAAAAUUAUACACUUUUCUCACUUGCGGUUAUUACACCGCAAUUACGAAAAUGGACGGCAAGACGGUGAUUAUCACCGGCGGCAACGGCGGCAUCGGCAAAGAAACCGCCAAGGAAAUUGCCAAAAGAGGAGCGCGGGUUAUUUUGGCUUGUCGUAAUCUGGAAACGGCCGAAAAGGCCAGAGAUGAGAUUGUGCAGGCGUCGAACAACCAAAAUGUGUUUGUGAAAAAGUUGGAUUUGUCGUCGCAAAAGUCGAUCAGAGAGUUUGCAGAGGAGAUCACGCGGACCGAGCCCAAGUUGGACGUUUUGAUCCACAACGCCGGAAUGGCAGCGAACAAGAUACAGAUGACUGAAGAUAAUCUUGAACUGACCAUGGCCACGAAUCAUUACGGGCCGUUUCUUCUCACACAUCUCUUAAUCGACUUGUUAAAAAAAUCGGCCCCCUCUCGCAUCGUCGUGGUGGCUUCCGAGCUGUACCGCGUCGUUUCUCUCAACCUCAACAACGUGAAUCCCACGAGGUCGUGGUUCGUGCCUCGCCUCUACUACGUGUCCAAGUACGCCAACAUUUGCUUCACGAAGGAGUUGGCACGCCGCCUUGAAGGCACAGGUGUGACAGCCAACUGUCUCCAUCCCGGAAUCGUGGACACCGGCAUUUGGGAAAGUGCUCCGGUGCUCGUCCGCUGGCCUUUGCGCCUCCUCAUCAAGGGUUUCUUCAAAACGCCGCUUCAAGGCUGCCAAACCAGCGUGUACGUGGCCUGUGCGGAGGAACUCCAAGGAGUCACGGGCAAGUACUUCGCCGAAUGCAAGGAGAGAGGACUGAGUCGGGGGGCCAGCGACGAGAACAAAGCGAAGAAACUGUGGGAGAUUUCGGAGGGUUUGGUCAAUCUCAAGCCCAGCGAUCCGAAAAUUUAAACUUGUAUUUGUUGUGGUGUUGUAAUAAUUAAUAAAUUGUAUUCUUGUUGA